GUCGUUCAAGUCUUGCGUUUCGAGUUUCCAAUACGCUAAACAUAACAUUUCCAGUUCGCCUUCUAUGAAAUCGUACGGUUGAUCUUUCCGGGCAUCCAUGAAUCGACGGGCCAUGAACUCCAUUUCACGAAUAUACACGGUAACGAUGAGUCCAACAAUCUCUUUGGAACCAUCUGUCAAAAGUCAUUGCCAUCUACCGGUAAAAUGGCCCAAAAAUCGAUGUUUCGGCGGUGCAAGGGUGUGCCCAAAUAACAUAUAAGAGAUACAGAAGGUACCGAUAGCGCCGAUUGUUCGAGUAGCAGCAAUAACCGCAGCACUAAUAACAGCACUAAUAGUAGCAGCAGCGAUGAUAGUAUGACAAGCCCACCGACGUCAUUUAAACAAAGAAAAUACGGCAAAGACAUUUAUAACGGUGUCGGUGGUUCGAUCCAAAUGGGUUCCUACGACGACGACCGGUGUCUAAGCGUCAGCGGCGAUGACGAGGACGCCAACGGCGACGGCGGUGACGAUGGCGGCAACGUAGUGUCUCUGCCAGACUCAAGCGUACCAUCACAACGGCGGGCGGCUGCACUACCGUCGAACACCGAUGGCGGCGUUCUGAUGACGUCUUCGCCGCCGCGAUUAACGACGUGCGGUGAUUCUGACUGUGAUUCCGACGAUGAAUCUGACGGUGAUUCUGACUUCGAAUUAGAAAACGCCAUACGUUAUAAAAAAAAAAUCGAACGAACACACGCUGACGACAACCUUUCGGACGACGACGACGACGACGACAACAUUUCUGACAGCGAAACUUACAGUUCUGACGAUGAGCCGGCAAUAGUUGGUUACGGAGAACGCAGACGUACACGAUCUCGUAAUGUAUCCGACUCGCCCCCACUCGAUAUUCAGGAUUUACUGACGGGCGUGGUUGUCGACGACUGUGCGCCCGACGACAUUGACGUUAGGUAUACUUACAACAUUAACAACGAUUUGGCGUACUCAAAGUGUACGCAGAAAUUCCAAUUUCCAGUGUAUUCGAAAGCCGACCAAAAGGUUAUUAUGGCUAUCCGAAAGAAAUGUAAGAAAUUCGUGACAAUCAAAGAUACCGUGUUCGUCAAAAAUCUCAUUUCCAAAUAUACGGAUUCGAAAAUUUUCGAUUGUAAUCACUACCCGUCGAGGUUUCCGUCGAAAAAUCUCGAAGAGAGUAUGACCGCCUUGAAAACACUGUCGAAAUGUUUGACCGACGAUUUGACAAACGGAAAAACGAUAAUGGUACAGCGUUCCGCAUUGGGCGCUGCGCUAUCAGCGUACAGCGCCAACGUGGAAGUCGUGCCGACGAUAUUCCAAAGACACACAAACCAUGUCAAGAAUGCACGUGUAUAAUUUACAGCAUGGGAUUAUACCUACCGUGUAUAUUCGUGAAAUGGAGUUCAUGGCCCGUCGAUUCAUGGAUGCCCGGAAAGAUCAACCGUACGAUUUCAUAGAAGGCGAACUGGAAAUGUUAUGUUUAGCGUAUUGGAAACUCGAAACGCAAGACUUGAACGACUAUGACGAAACCGUGGUGCGGAGUAGUAAAAAAAAAAUAUUGGUCCACAUCGUGCGAAACAUAACGGAUCUGGUGGAACGUUCUGUGACACGGCCCGAAACGAUUUUGAUGGCGCUUAGGGAUUUACAACAUUCC